AUGGCCUUGGAGCCGGACCGCGCGCUACCGUCUGCGACCACCGGACGUGACGGCGGUAACGGGCCGAGAGGCUCCGCGGAGGACGGCGUGCAGCAGGUGCAGCGCGAUGACAGGGUGAAGGCCCACAAGAGGCGGCUGGCCGUCGAGAACGCCGCCUUCCUGGAGCUGGCCGAGAUGCUGCCGGUCCGCAGCUCCACCAGCGGCUUCGUCGACAAGCCCACCGUACUGCGUCACGCCAUCGCCUUAAUGAAAAUUUCCCGGUUCUACCGGCGAGAUCUCCCGCAGCCUCCGAGAUCAUGUGGUGCUUCGCAGUGGGAAACAACUGAAACAUUGACGGAUGCACUGUCGGGGUUCGUCUUCAUGUUGGACGGCAACGGGUGGAUCCUGUACAUGUCAAACUCGGUAUCCAAACAUCUCGGCCAUUCUGCGGUCGAAAUGAUGGGCAACAACAUACGGAACUACCUGCACGACGACGAUAUGGCAGUUCUCUCCAACCUUCUCAGACUGCCGGUGCGCGGCUUAACGGAUCGGGGCGAACCGUGCCAGAUGCUUCUGCGGGUGACCAACUCCCUCCGCAAAUGGCGGCCCAGCUGCAAGUCGGGCUGCGGCCGCUACGCUGUGGUGCUGUGCUGCGGCUACCGGCGGUUCUGUCAGCUGACCGAGACGCCCAUCUCUGAGGACAAUCGCAGCAGCAACAUCCUCCUCCUUGCUACCGGUUAUACUUUGCCGCACUCCUACCUUCCGCAGUGCGAACUGGAAACGGGAAGCGGGAUGCCUGUUCGCAGUUCCCUGACAUUUUUGGGACAGAGGUGUUUCAUGUUUCGUUCCAGCUUGGGUUUGACCCCUUUCUACGUCGAGGCUGCCGUAAAAGAGCUUACAGGGUACGAGACGUUUACUUUUUCACGUAGCUCGUUGUACCAUUUCGUUCAUCCGUGUGACAUCGAGAGUGUUCGCCGGUCCCACAACGAUGUUCUGGCUAAAGGCCAUUCUGUAACAGGCUACUAUCGUCUUAUAGUUCGAUCAGGUGGCUGGAUAUGGAUGCAGAGCUAUUUCUCUCUAGUUCACGCUGCAAGCACAACGAGGAAGAAGUUCGUCCUCGCCGUAAAUUACGCAAUAAGCGGCGUGGAGAACUCUCGUUUAGGGUCCAAUGACGUCAGCUAUCCGAAUCACUUCCUCACACUACGUAAAGGACCAGGAAUCUCCGACAGGGGUAAAGCAAUCGAGUUAUGUCGUAGAGAAGGAAAGACUCCGUUGAAGUCCACACCUAAGAACGUCAAGUGUUAUGGCAAUUCUGAUCAGAAUGCCAUCCUUGGAAGCGCCGGGAGUGCACAGAACAAUGACCACAAUACUGCGCUGGCGAGCUACGACGCGAUAAAUGCCAUCGACAUCUGUGGUCACAAAUGUCACGCGCUGCUCUUUCCCGCACGCGAGCCUCCUGCGGCCGGCAAAGUGCCCGCAGCCCGCAGGCGUGUCCGAGCCCGCUUCCACACGGCCCAUCUCGCCAGCGUCCGCUUCUAUUACGCGCUGCCAUACAGGGACGAGUCCAAACAACGUGCACUGCCAACGAACUGUGUCACAUUAUCAAAACAUGGCUUGGGUUCAGGUUUUAUUGGAUUCAACCUCCACGCUCUCCUGGCCGUCAAACUUUUGCGCAGGCUCGGCCGCGCCUACUCUUAA